UUUGUGCAGAUUCUGGGACUUCCAUUUUCUGUUUUCCUUUGUCUUACCAAAACGAACAAGAUCUGCGCGCGCGCUAGCUCGGAGUAGAGAAUCGUCCUAUUUUCGUUUUUUUUUCUUUGAAUUAAAAAAAUUACCUGCCAUGGCGACGGAGGUUUUGCGGCCUCAGGACUGCUUGGUCGAACGGAUUAGGGUUCCUCCAGCCGCGUUUUCCAGGCGGAGGAACUAUGGGGGUUAUUGUAAUUACAAUAACUACGUAACAAAUCCCAGGCCUUCCCGGAAACCAUCGAACAGACCUGAGAGGCAGGACCAGAGGAAGCGGGUAGUUGUGCCGACCCAGCCGGUGUCGAAGCCGUCGAUCUCAAAGAAAUCGAGCUCCGAUGACUCGAAGAUGGCGAAGGGAAGCGGUUUGGUGAUGGAAAAGGUGACGAUUCUCAGGAGAGGGCAAUCCUUGGAUUCAACGAUUAAGAGCGAGGUUUUGAAGGCGGAAAGCGAGGACCUGGUGGUUUGCGGGACGCAGAGAUUGGGUCCAGAUCCAGAAAUGGUUCCGAAGCAGAUCCGUAUCGUGAAGACCGACAUGUACGCAGGAUCGGCGUGUGCAGUGUCUCCGUCGCCGAGCGCGCUUCCUCUUCCAUCUUUUUGGAAGAAGAAGGAGUGCUCAGUGGCCGUUGACGACUCUGCAACGCGAGAUCUGAGGCGUCUCCUCCGGCUCGAAUGAUACGGAAGGGGUCGAAAAUCGGGUUGGAUGACCCGAAAAGAAUAAAUAAUUCUCCCUUCUGUUUGUACCUUUCUCAUCAUCAUCUUCUUCCCUAAGUCGAGUUUCGUCUUCGCUACGUCCCUCCCGGAUUGAAGGUCUGGUCCGACUGUGAUUUUUUUAAAUGGAAGGGCAGAUCUGAAACUGGGAAAAGAAGUAGGGGCGAAAACGUGAACAAGCUAGAAAUAGUUGUGCUUGUGUUAUUACCAUCAUCUAUCGGGUCUGUUGUGUAAUAUUGUACGGUUAGUCGGGGUAAAGGAGGUUAAGUAUGUGACAGAACAAAAAAGACGGAAGAAAAAAAAAGAAAAUGGAGGGGUUGAUUUGUAAAAUUCGGAAAAUAUUAGGUUUGGUUUAUGUGGUCAUUGGUAAAGUCGGCGUCUGAUUAGUAAUUUAUUUUCUUUCUAGUUCACUGGGCUGCGUCUGCAAGUGCGUUGUUACUUUUGCUUGUAAAGAUAAAGAAUAAUUUUAGGGAAAUAUGGGCAGAAUUCAAUUUUUCACGC